AUUUAUUUUAUUCUUUUAGAGAAAGUUCUCACCACCUAUUUGCCUUACGGUGGCCCUGUGACGGGAGCGGUCGGAUGUGACUCUGGGCUCGGUGUGUGUCCAGAUAAAGAGACGGAGAUAAACAGGCAGCCGGAUCUAGCCAGCGGCAUCGUGACGCCCGACGCCUCGCCUCAGACGGCAGUGAUCGGGGGAGCUGCGUCGCCGCAACAUCAUUUCACCGUGGAGGCAACUGGGGCAGCACCGUGAGCAGGAGAGCGCGUAUUUCACUAUGGAUCAUUACGAUGGGGAGACUAACGAUUACAGACAGCAGGAGGAUGACUGGGACCGGGAUCUCCUCUUGGACCCGGCGUGGGAGAAGCAGCAGAGAAAGACGUUCACCGCCUGGUGCAACUCCCACCUGAGGAAGGCGGGCACGCAGAUCGAGAACAUCGAGGAGGAUUUCCGGGAUGGCCUGAAGCUGAUGCUGCUGCUGGAGGUCAUCUCAGGGGAGAGGCUUGCCAAGCCAGAGAGGGGGAAGAUGAGAGUACACAAGAUCUCCAACGUCAACAAGGCUCUGAAUUUCAUCACCAGAAAAGGAGUGAAGCUGGUGUCCAUCGGAGCUGAAGAAAUUGUGGAUGGAAAUGCAAAGAUGACUUUGGGAAUGAUCUGGACCAUAAUCCUCCGCUUCGCCAUCCAGGACAUCUCUGUGGAAGAGACCUCAGCCAAGGAAGGCCUGCUGUUGUGGUGUCAGAGGAAGACGGCCCCCUACAAGAACGUCAACAUCCAGAACUUCCACAUCAGCUGGAAAGACGGCCUAGGCUUCUGCGCCCUGAUCCAUAGACACCGGCCAGAGCUGAUUGACUACUCGAAACUGCGCAAGGAUGACCCCAUGACCAACCUGAACACAGCCUUCGACGUGGCCGAGCGGUACCUGGACAUUCCACGGAUGCUAGACGCUGAGGACAUUGUGGGUACUGCCCGCCCGGAUGAGAAGGCUAUCAUGACCUACGUCUCUAGCUUCUACCACGCCUUCUCGGGUGCCCAGAAGGCGGAAACGGCAGCCAAUCGCAUCUGCAAGGUCCUGGCGGUAAACCAGGAUAACGAGAAGCUGAUGGAGGACUACGAGCGGCUGGCCAGCGACCUGCUGGAGUGGAUCCGCCGCACCAUCCCCUGGUUGGAGAACCGCGCCACGGAGAACACUAUGGCGGCCAUGCAGCAGAAGCUGGAGGACUUCCGUGACUACCGGCGCAUGCACAAGCCGCCCAAGGUGCAGGAGAAGUGUCAGCUGGAGAUCAACUUCAACACCCUGCAGACCAAGCUGAGGCUCAGCAACCGGCCCGCCUUCAUGCCCUCCGAAGGCAAGAUGGUCUCGGACAUCUCCAACGCCUGGAGUGGCCUGGAGGGAGCAGAGAAAGGCUACGAAGAGUGGCUGCUCAACGAGAUCCGCAGGCUGGAGAGACUCGACCACCUGGCAGGGAAGUUUCGGCAGAAAGCUACUAUUCAUGAGGGCUGGACUACAGGUAAGGAGGACAUGCUGCAGCAGAAGGAUUUCGAGACCGCUUCCCUGUCAGAGAUCAAGGCCCUGCUGAAGAAGCACGAGGCCUUCGAGAGUGACCUGGCCGCCCAUCAAGACCGGGUGGAGCAGAUUGCCGCCAUCGCACAAGAGCUCAACGAGUUGGAUUACUACGACUCCCCCAGGGUGAACGCCCGCUGUCAGCACAUCUGUGACCUUUGGGACACCCUGGGCGCCCUGACCCAAAAGCGCAAUGAGGCCCUUCAGAGAACUGAGAAGCUCCUGGAAACGAUCGACCAGCUCUACUUGGAGUUCGCCAAACGGGCGGCGCCCUUCAACAACUGGAUGGAGGGCGCCAUGGAGGACCUGCAGGAUACCUUCAUCGUCCACACCAUUGAGGAGAUCCAGGGUCUAACGGCAGCUCAUGAGCAGUUCAAGGCCACUCUGCCUGAAGCAGACAAGGAGCGGCAGGCCAUCCUUGGCAUUCACAACGAGAUCUCCAAGAUCGUCCAGACCUACCACGUCAACAUGGCUGGCAGCAACCCCUACACCACUAUCACCCCCCAGACCAUCAAUGCCAAGUGGGAGAAGGUGCGGCAGCUGGUGCCCCAGAGGGACCAGGCCCUGGUGGAGGAACACACGCGGCAGCAGGACAACGAGCGCCUGCGCAAGCAAUUCGCCGGGCAGGCUAAUGUCAUCGGGCCCUGGAUCCAGACCAAGAUGGAGGAAAUCGGCCGCAUCUCCAUAGAAAUGCACGGGACCCUGGAGACCCAGCUGACGCAGCUGCGCCAAUACGAGAAGAACAUCAUCAACUACAAGCCGAAGAUCGAUCAGUUGGAGGGUGACCACCAGCUCAUUCAGGAGGCGCUCAUCUUCGACAACAAGCACACCAACUACACCAUGGAGCACAUUCGUGUGGGCUGGGAGCAGCUUCUGACGACCAUCGCCCGCACCAUCAACGAGAUCGAGAACCAGAUCCUGACCAGGGACGCCAAGGGCAUCAGCCAGGAGCAGAUGAACGAGUUCCGGGCCUCUUUCAACCACUUUGACCGGGACCACUCGGGCACGCUGGGCGCAGAGGAGUUCAAGGCCUGCUUGAUAAGCCUGGGCUUCGAUAUGGCCAACGACUCACAGAAGAGAACAGGAAUGAUGGACGCUGAUGACUUCAAAACCUGCCUUAUCUCCAUGGGUUAUAACCUGAGCGAGGCGGAGUUCGCACGCAUCAUGAGCAUCGUGGACCCAAACCGGCUUGGCGUCGUCACUUUCCAGGCGUUCAUCGAUUUCAUGUCCCGGGAAGCCGCCGACACAGAUACGGCAGAUCAGGUCAUGGCUUCCUUCAAGGUGCUGGCAGGUGACAAGAACUACAUCCUGGCGGACGAGCUGCGCAGGGAGCUGCCGCCAGACCAGGCAGAGUACUGCAUUGCCCGCAUGGCACCCUACACCGGGCGCGAUGCUGUACCCGGCGCUCUUGACUACAUGUCCUUCUCCACUGCCCUGUACGGGGAGAGCGACCUCUGAACUCCUCCUGCACACCAUGCCUGCCGACUCAAGCUCGCCGCGCCCCCGCCACUGCCAGGCCAUAAUAAUCCUGCACCGUGACAAGCCAACAUCCCCAGCCCACUGAGCACGUUUUUGGGUUUUUGUACGUGUUCCACCUUAUCUCUGCUCCCUACCCCCCCCCCCCCCACUUCUCCCAUCACUCUUCAAGUUUACAAAAAAAGGGGAGUGUACUUUUUUCUUCUGAAAAAAAAGUAACAUAUUUUAUUAUACAGAACAAAAGGUAUUUUCUCCAGCUGAUUUAA